AUGUCUGGCUCUUCGACCGUAUCGGUCCUCUUCGUAUGCUUAGGUAACAUCUGCCGGAGUCCCAUGGCUGAAGGAGUCUUUCGUUCUCUUGCUGGCUCCAACGACCGCAUCGGAAUUAUUGAUAGUGCUGGCACCGGUGCCUACCAUACUCUUGAACCUCCCGACCCACGCACGAUGGCUACGCUGCUCAAGAAGGGGAUCAAGGAUUAUGACCAUGGUGCGCGGCAAGUCGAGGAAGAAGACUUCGACGAGUUUGACUACAUCUUCGCAAUGGACAGGUCCAAUUUACGAGAUCUGGAGCGCAUGAAGCGAAAAGCCGAGAGAAAUGGGAACGUUAAGGCACAAGUCAUGCUCUUUGGCAAAUUCAGCGGUAGGAGCAAGGACGAGGAAGUGCAAGAUCCCUACUACGGCCGCGACAACGGCUUCGAUACUGUCUACGAGCAGGUCAAUCGCUUUGCGACCAACUUUCUCAACGAGGUCGUGGAAAAGCGGGAGAAGCAGUAG